AUGAAGGAUCCGCAGCUACCGUUGGUCCGGUCAGCGAAUAGAGCGCAUGAUGCAUGGUCGCGGCUGGAAGGACAUUUCGAGAAGAAGAGCCUUGCAAACAAUCUCUUUCUUCGUCGUUGCUUCUUUACGGCCAAGAUGGAAGAAGGUGAUGAUGUGUUGAAACACAUCAACAAGAUCAAGACUCUGACGGAGCAGCUCGACGCAGUGAGCGCUCCGGGCAGCGAAGACGAUCUAGUGAUUACGCUACUCGCAAGUCGAAGCGAUUCGUACGAAUUCCUCAUCACGGCGUUAGAGUCACGAGCCGACUUACUGUCGAGGGAGCUCAUCAUGUCUCGGCUGCUGCAUGAAGAUCUCAAGCGCAAGGAGCAAGGCCUUGAAGGAGCAGUGAACGGACAAGGUCAAUCGUUUGUGAACCAAGACUCUGGUCGGCGCACUGGAAGACAAGCGCCAGCAAAGACAAGCAGCGCCUUUCAUUACUGUGGGGAGCACGGAAAUUCGAUUUUCACGUGUACAGCUCGGAUGAGGGGGAACGCAAAGCGACAUCAGUCGCAGCGUGCCAACCUUGCGCAGAGGAACGAUAACCAAGGCGACUACCUUACUAGGUUAAUGAUUUAA